UUCUAUCUGCUUCAGAGCGGAUUCAACCGCCAAGUAAGUUACAUUUUGCAAUGUCAUGCUAAAGAAGUUUACGAUCAGUUUAUUUAUAGAAAACUGGAUUGGCGUGGGCACAGAGACAUAAGCCGCUGGAUAUAUGAUCUGAAAUGAGAUCCUGUCGUGCUUUUUGAAGGUAAUUCCCGGUGAUUUUUGAGCCGCUGUUAUUACUGUAUAACGUUAGCUAAUGUUACACAGUGAAGCCAGAAGCCUCAUGUUUUCGUCAAGCCAAGAGGAGCACUGCGCCCCGUCCAAAGACCCAGUGAAAUACGGGGAGCUGGUGGUGCUAGGGUACAAUGGCUCUCUGCCCAAUGGAGAUCGGGGUAGACGGAAAAGCAGAUUUGCGCUAUACAGGAGGACCAAAGCCAAUGGUGUUAAGCCAAGCACUGUGCACAUCCUCAACACACCCCAGGCCAGCAAGGCUGUGAACUGUAAAGGCCAACACAGCAUCUCCUACACACUGUCCAGGAACCAUACGGUAGUGGUGGAGUACUGCCAUGAUAAAGACACAGACAUGUUUCAGAUUGGGCGUUCCACAGAGAGUCCUAUAGACUUUGUGGUGACUGACACAGUAGCAGGAGGCCAGGAGGGAGAGGAGACUCCCAUCACACAGAGCACCAUCUCCCGUUUUGCCUGCCGAGUUGUCUGCGAGCGUAUCCCACCUUUCACUGCUCGCAUCUACGCAGCUGGUUUCGAUUCUUCCAAAAACAUCUUCCUUGGGGAAAAAGCUGCAAAAUGGAAGAACCCUGACGGUCACAUGGAUGGACUAACUACCAAUGGUGUGCUGGUAAUGCACCCAAAGGGUGGCUUCACGGAGGAGUCAAAGCCUGGCGUAUGGAGAGAGAUCUCGGUUUGUGGGGAUGUUUACACACUGAGAGAGACCCGCUCAGCACAGAUCCCAGGCAAACUGGUGGAACAUGAGAGUAAUAUACUGCAGGACGGCUCCCUGGUGGAUCUAUGUGGAGCCACUUUGCUGUGGCGUACUGCAGAAGGCCUCUUUCACACUCCCACCCAAAAGCAUCUGGAGGCUCUCAGGCAGGAGAUCAACGCCGCGCGCCCCCAGUGCCCCGUGGGUCUCAACACACUCGCCUUCCCCAGCAUGCAACGCAGCCGCGCCCUCUCCUCUCUGGAGGACAAGCAGCCUUGGGUCUACUUGGCCUGUGGCCACGUGCACGGCUACCACAACUGGGGCCACCGUUCAGAGCAGGAGCCCAACACUCAGCGAGAGUGUCCCAUGUGCCGAGUGGUCGGGCCCUACGUGCCACUGUGGCUGGGCUGUGAGCCGGCCUUCUAUGUGGACACAGGUGCACCCACUCAUGCCUUUGUGCCAUGUGGACACGUGUGUUCGGAGAAGUCAGUCAAGUACUGGGCAGAGAUCCCUCUGCCCCACGGAACCCACGCCUUCCACGCCGCCUGCCCCUUCUGUGCCACCCAGCUCAGCCUCACUCAGGGCUUUUCCAAGCUAAUCUUCCAGGGCCCGGUGGACUGAGCUGAAGGGUCCUGCUCCGGCAGAGAAGAUUAGACAGGAAUGCCAACAUGCUGUGAAACUGUUCAGAUUAUUUUGUGCUUUCUUUUGUUCAUGUAAGCCAGCUGUGGAAAGGAGUAAGUCUUCUCAAGUUCUGGUCACAUACUGUGGAUUCUGCACAACAGAGAGCCAUUACAGAUUGUUCAGGGCCUCUUGUAGCUAUUUAGAUGGCCACUGUGGGAUACAGAGACAUGGAGCACACUGGACCGCAGAUGCUUUGUUCCUCCAGAAUGAACUACUGUUUCAGCUAUCUGUCAACCAACCACUUUAAACAAGGCUGUUUUUAAACUACAAUGAUUGCUGAUUUUCCAUCGGAGGUCCGUAGAAUUAAGGUUGUAGAAGGAAUUAACUGAUUGUACUCAUGAAUUGGACUGAACCAGAUAGCAAUGGUGUAUUUGGAUCUGUUGGGUGGGAGAAGGGUUUAUAGUUCAAUUCCUGGUGGGUCUGAGACAAAGUUUUUACAGAGCCAGACAGCUGGACUGUUGGCUGGGAGAAAAGCCCGGAGAAACUUGGUGUCUAUGUCUAACUAGUUAAGUUCUCCCCAUUGCCCUGCUGGCCCUGAACCCCUAAUGGCAUCUAGGUCAUGUAGCUCUCUGGAUUUUGGCUUCCAUUUGCUAAACGAACUUUGAAAAGACUUUUUGUGUACAGAGAUAUAAUCCAGUGCCUCAAAUCCCAUUAAAUGGUGGGAAUAUUUUUAUUAAAUGAGAAUAGAUAUUUUGUUGAAGGCAAAGGGAGAGAUAGUUUUGCAUACAUGAGACCUAAGGAAAUGACAGCCCACAUGGAUUCUUCAACACAUUUUUAUCUGACCGAAGAGGUAUUUUAACUACACUGAGGCCCUUGUACUGUUUUGUAAUGCAAAUGUUAAUAUAUUUUUCUCCUGCAUAAAUAAUGUGUGAGAAUGUUUGAGAGUGUGUGCAUGCAUGUGUGAUUGUGUGUGUGUGUGUGGGUUGGACUGCGUGGGUGCCCUUGGGCUUUGUUUAAAUCGCCCUGCAUCAUUUCACCCCAAUCUCCUUUUCUAUCUCACCCACCACCCAAAACACUACCAGAGGGAACCAGGGAUUAAACCAACCUCGCAGGGUUUGACAAUGAAUGUACUGAAAUACAUUGACUCUCCUCACUGGUGGUG